GCUUUCUUUUCGCUUGCCAUUCGCCUUCUCCGUCAGGCUCACUUGACUCGGGAGCAGUAAAUCCUCCACUGUCGGAUCUCAGAGACAGUGUCGGCUUGGCUUCUUCCCCCUCCUCUUUUUAUCUCUUACUCUGCAGAACGACGGUCACAUGGUCCGAAAUAAACGGUUCACCAAUCUUGUCUUAUUUUUAAUAGUUUUCUGAAUUCCGUUUAUAUUCUUUAACACAGAAGAAGAUUGUAUUUUGAAUAUUGUGAUUUUUUUACACUGACCUUGCGUUGAAUGUCAUAAGCGGAUCUUCUGAUUCCUGCCAGGCCUUACUCUAAUAGUUUGUGUGGUUGAAGCCAUGGAUGUUGUCAGUCAUUUCAUUAAUGACACAUUUGAGUUCUACAAAUGGAGCCUUAUUAUAGCAGACAAGAGGGUAGAAAACUGGCCCUUGAUGCAGUCCCCCCUGCCCACUUUAGCAAUUAGUUCUCUGUACCUCCUUUUCUUAUGGCUGGGCCCAAAGUGGAUGCGGAACCAAGAACCCUUUCAGCUACGUUCCGUACUCAUUAUUUACAACUUUGGGAUGGUCAUUCUGAACUUCUUCAUCUUCAAAGAGCUCUUCUUAGCUGCCAGUGCUGCAGGGUACAGCUAUAUCUGCCAGCCGGUAGACUACUCCGAAGAUGUCAAUGAAGUCAGGAUUGCUGGUGCCUUGUGGUGGUACUAUGUGUCCAAAGGUGUGGAGUAUUUGGAUACAGUGUUUUUCAUCCUGAGGAAGAAAUUUAAUCAGGUCAGCUUCCUUCACGUCUAUCACCACUGCACGAUGUUCACCCUCUGGUGGAUUGGAAUCAAGUGGGUUGCCGGAGGACAAUCCUUCUUUGGAGCCCACAUGAAUGCUCUCAUUCAUGUCAUCAUGUACUUGUACUAUGGCCUGGCAGCAUUUGGCCCACAAAUCCAAAAGUACUUGUGGUGGAAGAAAUAUCUGACCAUCAUUCAAAUGAUUCAGUUCCAUGUCACCAUCGGCCACACAGCUCUGUCCCUCUACAUUGACUGUCCUUUCCCGAAGUGGAUGCACUGGGCUCUGAUUGCCUACGCAGUAACCUUCAUCGUCCUCUUCGGUAACUUCUACUAUCGGACCUACAGACAUCCAAAGAAGUCAUCUUCUUCCAGGGCUGGGAAGGUUGCUGCCAAUGGCACAGUGGUGUAUACAAAUGGAGUUAGCAAGUCAGAGAGCAAGAUGGUGGUGGAAAACAGCAAAAAAAAGAAAAAGGGCAAAGCCAAGCGGGAAUAAAAUGGGGGAGCUGGCCUUACCGAUGCAAGUGGCUUUAGAAUUAAGGAAGGCGUGAAAGGAGACGGUGUCAACCACACCCUGAGCAGAGAUCUUUCUGGCUUUUUUUUUAGAAGAAAGCUGUCUUUCUAAUGACCAGGAAAUGGCACAUCACCAAAUAAGUAAUUGAAAAUUUAAAAAAGAAAAAAAAAAGGAAAUUUGAGGUCUCCAGCCAGUUGAGCUGGCGUUGUUUUGAUGGCUGUAGCUUGUAAAGGAGGGUUUUAGAAAGCUGGGGAGGUUGUAAAGGUGACUCCUUUUAUGAACUGAAAGCUAAUUAUGCAUUUUAUGUAAGGUUAAUCAAAAGAAUAAUACUAUGCUUAUAUUUUACGAGAAUUAAGUAUAUCUGUUGUUGUUUAUUUGGAAAUGUAAUGUUACAAUUUGUUACUAUUCAGAAUUCUUGUAUCCCUACUUUUAUUUAUAAUUCAGUAUUAUCAUGAGACUGGGUGAGCCCGAGCUGUAAUGAGGUGAGCUGUAACGUUUAGCAAGCAAAGCCUAGUUGACCAAUUCCGACAUCUCCAUGAAUUCCACGGUUGACCCCGGGCUGCGUCUUCACACACCUUUUAAGCUACGGCUGGACAUUGACCUUCAUUGCUGUGCUUGUGGACGUUCGCUCCAGAAUGUUUCUCUUUAGCCCUUUGUUACUGUCUUCACUGUCUCUUUGCUCAUUUGCAGUCCAUGCCCACCGUGUAGAAUUGCUGCUACAUUGGGGUGUCUCAGUUUCAUCUACUGUUUAAUUUACGCGUUUAUUUUUGAUAAUGUUAACGUAUUUCCCCCUAAACCUCUACAACAUGUCGGACGUGGCCUUGUCCAGGCACUCAUAAGCACACUGAUCACAUGUAUCCGAGCGCUGCGGACAAUGCCAGCUUCAUUUACCAGGCCAAAAAUAUGCAUGAUGGAAGUGUGUUGUCAAAGAGCAGCAAGUUAGGUGGGCCACCUUUUUAUAAACCUGAGGGGGAUUUUAUACUGAGGUGAAAGGGCACAACAUCCUUCUCAUUGCUAUUAUUAACAUCACAUUAUUCUAUUCCAGUCAUUGGGAUACAUGGCUCCUUAACAAUUUUAAAGUUCUUAAUAUGACUAGACUAUUAUUAUUGGUUGGGUUUUCUGAGCUGUUUGAAAUGUGGUCGGUGGGUGACAUCUUAAAGAUUCAUAGUGACAUCUCACUUGUAGAAAGACUAUCAUUUUUGAAUCGCCUAUGAGAAUUCUUGAUUGCUACAACAGCCUUUCCCAGUGGUCCCUGCUAGAAUUACUGGACGAGCACAAUGGUGUGAACGUGUUUAGCUUCUACAGCAAAAUGAGCCUGGACUUGAAAGGCUCUUGGGAUUGUGAAAAUAGCGGAGGAAGGUGUGACAGUUGACCACUUGCACAAUGAACGCUGCACAGAAUUGGCCAGGCCGCAGUGGUGAGGGCCCCCAUAGCACAGCCUACGGAUAUGAUUUGUGAGCUCAAAUGCCAGUUCCCUUUUCAGGUCCUUUUUUAAGAAUUAAUUCAGCGACUCAGGAUGGGAAGUGGACAAAGCCCAGUGUGAAGAUGCUCGCUUGCCUCCAUACCACUUAUCACAGUGAUAUACUGAAGAGAGUUCCACCCUCACCAGUUCAUUUCUGUAACACUAUGAGCACGUGCUUAUGAUGACCCACAAUGGUGUCCAUCCACCAGUACUGGAGGAUGUUGGUUGAGUUGGCCAUCCUGGGUUUGUUGGUGCCCUUUCUAUCCUGAUGGGCAUUAGCUGUAAUGCCAACCACUAAGAACUCUUAAGAUCAACCACUGACUGGUGGCGUCUCUUACAGGGAGCUUGUGCCACUGUGCAGAUGGGAUUUCUUGGCUAUUAGACUUUGUUUUUUGUCUUGAUAUCCCACUGUCUACUUUUUGUUUGUAUUUAGUGAAAGUGGAAUGUGUCUUUGAAGAUAAGAAUUAUCCGGUCAGGCUCCAGCAGACCCCCCGUGACCCUGUGUUUGGAUUCAGCAGGUUGGAAAAUGGAUGGAUGGAUUAUCCGGUCAUACGUGGCCGCAUUGUGCAUAGUCUUUACCCCCCCAGAAACGAUGUAUGCUGUGAACUGCAGAUUAUCCCCAUUGAAAAGCCUCUGUGCACCGUCAGCAUUUAUAUACACGAAUAUCCAAGUCAGCAAACAAGUACAGCAUGGAGGAGACUUUAUGCAGUCCAUCUAAAGAGCUUUACUGAAAAGUUCAUUAAUCAAAAUGGCCUACCCUAUGCUGUUGUUGGUGUCAAUCCAAAAAUGAUAAUACAUGUGAUCUAAAUAACAGAGGAAAGACUGGUGGGAGUCUGGCGAGAUGUCAAAGAUGACGAAAGACUCGUGGAGACUGAAGGUAAAGCAGCGAUUGACAGGAGGCUCGCUGAUAUCCAAGAUGUCUGCACGAAGCUCCCUGAAGCUGACACGUGUCUGUGCAGUGACCAUGAAGACCGGCACCCAUGGGAAUCCUGAAAGUUAUAGAGUGCUACAACUUUGACAGGCUGAGCAAUUACUAGUAGACUGUCAGACAAAUGUCCUGCAGCAGACAAAGCUUUUGCAAUAUUUUUUCUGAAAUAGUAAUAUAAAAUAUCAACCAUAUCAACUGUGUGGAUUUCAAGUGUUUGAAAGUGGCCAGUGGUUUAAGACGGUGGCCUAGGUCAACUGCUCAUAUGACCAAAGAUCCCAAAGAAACGGCGCUGGUGGGGUGCAGUUUCUUGGCCGUUGUAAAUUUCUUGUUCAACUCGAGCACAGCAUUAGUGUCGUUAGGGGAUGAUCGCUGUGACUUCUGUCAUGAAUGCUCUUGACAACAUCCCCGUGACAAAUACAGUCAGUUUUCUUUUUUUUAAAAAAAGUAGACAGGUUGUCCUGAAAUUUUAAGUCGCAUUGUGCUUCUCUCUAAUGUUGGCCAGUUAUGUCCCUUAAGAAGAAACGGAAACAAGUGCUGAGCUCUUUAGACCACCCUGUAGGUUUUCGAUUUUUGUCUGUAGAGCAACCACCUUAAAAACCACCAAAAACAUGGAAAGUAACUUGGGGUAUUUGGUACAAGACAAGGGUAUUCUCUGGAGGGUUAUUGUGUCAGAACUGCGGAUUACAGAAGUAACAUAGCACAACAAAACAGUUGUGUUUAUUCUUUCAUUUGCUAUAGCUACCCUACGUGUCCCACUCCCCUUUCCACUCCUUUAUUUACUUCGACUAACCAAACUGACCUCUACACAUUAGCCACACUCCACAUGGGGGUCCCCACCACAGUUCAACCUUACAUUUACUUCUUCUUGUAUACUCACAGUUAAUCCCGAGUCUGAUAAUGGCCACCUCAGCAGUGCAGAUGACAUCAUUAAAAGCUGGAUUUGCUGGUGGAAAUUCUGCAGCAUCCAGACCUGAAGGUAUAGUUAAAGCAAACAAGAGGUCAGGAAAUCAAUAUGUUCAAAGGAAAAGUCAAAAAUCUCAAGCGUCAGGGUGAAAAUGAAAUACACGGGUACACAAAGGAAAGUUAAAGGGGGUAACAAUUUAAAAAAUGGAGGAACACAACAUUAAAAAGGCAAGGAAGGAAAAGACUGAACAGCUAAAGGUGGUAGGUGCACGUCCAGAGGGAAUUUACAGAUGUAGGUGGGCCGUAUGCAUGCUGCCAGUACACGGGAUCAGUUCAGCUGAUGUUGAUGGGCUGUCAGAUGUUCCCACCUCCUACAAAGUGUUGUUACAUCUACUUAAAGCAACACAACGAUCUCCUGGAGAUUGUCUAGUCGGACCUGUUAUCAAGCAAGAAGCACACGCGGAAUCGUAACACAGAGAUCAGUCGGUCAGCCAUCAGUAACACUGAGGCCCAGCUUUGGUCAGCAGUGCACUAAAAUCACGUGGACAGGGAAAAAGGAGAGUGUGUAGGCACUGGUGGGCACAGGAAAGUCCACCACACUGGGACAAGUUCAAGUGACAGCCAUUCAUCGAUUUUUCUCAUUAAUGUUUAUGCAAGGUGGAGAAGGCGGCUUUCUCAUUUUGAGUUGGAGGAGCUAAAGGAGGAGUAAGUGGAGAAUGCUGGGCCCAAAGCGCUGAGCUUGAAAGCACCGUGGAGUUCCAUUUUCUUCCCUGCUUCCCACCAUAUUUCACAUGCAUGAAAAUCUUUUAAAAAAACAAAAGACAAAUGAUUUUUGUCACUGUUUUGUUGCAAACUGCCUGCCUAUUGUUCCACAUCCAUUGUAAGAAGGGCACCAUGUUGAAGUUGCUACUAGCAAAUCUGCUGUUUUCUUAUGCUUGUUUUAUAGGAUUCAAAUACUUUUCUGUUUCACUUUCUUCCACUCUUACUCAGAGCAAAUCUUAAUCGCUGGUCCAAAUAUGAACAAGGAUUCCAGACAGACAAGAAAUGCAGCCAUGUUUGUUCUGUUUUGUCAUGUAUUCUUUGUGUGACUAAAUUUCAAUUAUUAAUUCCUAUAAUGUCCUAAAAAUAUUUUACUCUUGUUUAUAAUUAAGAUGUUCAUCGGUUUCAAGAAUGGGCUGUCAGUGUUGUCCGCCAUUCUUCUGUAUAAUAAACCCUGGAUUCUCGCUCAAACUACUGUGUAAAUAAAAAGAAUGCUGAUGUAAA